CGUUAAGGGGUUCGAUCUAGAAGCUGUGAAUUCUAAUCGCUCCAACUGAGCCCAACUAAUAAAUAGCCCUACAAUUUUUUUUGACUGAGUCGCAAAUUAUUUUAGAUGGUAGUUUGUUGUAAUGGAUUCAAAAGAGCAUUUCAGUCGCAAGCGGCCUGUGGAUAAACUUGAAAAUACUCUUCGGAUAAACAAAGUGAGUCAGUCCAUCUACAUAAACAACAAAUCUUCCUUCAGAGCCCAAUUGGCAAGUGUAAAGAAGGCUAUCGACAAUGGAUUCAACGAGAUAUUCUUACACGCUACAGGAGCAUGUAUUACCAGGGCAGUUCAAAUCGCUCUACAGGCGAAUGAGGACAACUACGAUGCAUACGAAUUGUGGCCAUACACAGACACCAUACAAGUGUCAGAUGACAUGGAGGCCUUGAGUGAUGACGUAACCAGUUACAGAAGAGUGAGACUGAAUCCGGCCAUACAUGUUAAGAUGUGUCUCAAGACACAGUAGUGCAAUUAUAGAUUGUUUUGUUUUUGUUUGAAUGAGUUUCAUUUGGUUUAAUUUAUUUGGGCUGAUA